UAAGUGGCGCCAUCUUGUGUUAAUAAUCAUCAAUUUAGAUUGUGGAUUUUUUAAAAUGUAUUAAAAUAAAAGUUCUUUUCACUUUAUUUUCAGCAUUGCGUGAAAAUUGACAGUGAGAGGGUUAAAAGAACCCAAAACACCCUCUCAACGGAGUGACAUUCCGUUCGUUCCAAUAAAUGCCUUUUCGAAUCGAAAACAUCCUAAACUGUCAGGCUUGAACUUCUCAACAACCGAUAAAUUAAGCGAUCUCGUUUUUUUAGUAUUUCCUUCGAAAAUCUUCUCUGUUUUUAUCCCCCUUUGUCAAAAAAUGUUUUUAGUUUUUCCUAGCUUUUUUUGGUGUAAAGUAAUGGUGGAACGGAUAUCAGGCAACUAUUCGGCCUAUCUAGCCAUUUUUUAAAAUCCUACUGGAUACUUAGUUACCAAAGCCGGAUAUUAAAAACCUAUUAGUACUCCAGCAUUCACAGGGGUUAAUAUCUUUUGCACACUGCAGAAAAUAAUCAAGUUCAACCCCAAUAGAACUUUUUUCAUUUAAUACAACUUUAUUUAUUUCAGGUUUGUCAUUAGCAACUUCAUGGUAACAAUCCCAAAAUGCUAUAUGAAUUAAAUCUUUUGUUGCAGUUUCAUCUAGUUUUUUUCUCGUCGCUUGUAAUUCAUAUAAUAAGAUAACUCUGAGUUUCCGUCUUAAGAGAUGCACGGCUAAACCCGAAUGUUUCUGGUUCUAGGUCUAGUAUUUUUGGUUGAAUCACUUUUUGUCAAAAAUUGCUGGUCGAGGAGCAAGAUAUGUGGUGAACUGUUACACCGAUUUGAUGAAAUGUAUUGCUGACUAUUUAUGUUUUGCUAAAAUUCAUCUUUGGCCAUAUUGUUGUAUUUAGUUGUAUUAGCAUGUCUGGUGUGUGUGUUGAUUUGCCAAAGGUUGCCCAUGUCAGUUGUAUUCCUGAUGGCAUAUUCUAGGUAAAUAUAUUCCUCAGUUUCCACCAAUUUGAUAUUUAUGGCGAUAUUUUCGCCGGUAUUACCUAAAAGCGCCACCGAUAGAUGUAUCUAUAAAAUUAUGAAAGCCUUUUAUAGAUAUCAUUGAUAGAGAAUCGUCUGUAUGAAAAUACCAAACAAUUUUUCUUGUUUUUAAUAUCCCAAAAAUACGUUUUAAAAUUUUUCAAAUUGCCGAUUAAGUAUAAACCCUUAAAAAAAGUGUUGAAUUUUUGCCGAGCAAUGGAAAUCAAGUCGGCUUGGCAACGCGGGGAUAGGGGCAGUUAUUUAAGCGAGUGGACGGCGAGGGGGCGCUCCGCAUGCCUCCCUUCACUCCGCGCCACCUGGUGGUGAUAUCGAUCGCGACCCGAGCGGCGAUCAUGUUAUUAUGCGGGAGUAAGUCCCGUAUCCAGCGUCUCCCGUGGGAUUUGAAUUCAAAGCCUGAAUCAAUGUAAGCGGUCUACACUCCACCCCUUCUCCCCUUGGGAGUUUUACACGUACCACCCCAAUCUUUUAGUUUAUUUCUUAUUUCGCAUCUGUUAAUAUAAAAUAUUGAAAAAAAAGUUAUUUGUAGUUUAGAAAUAAUACAAAAUUGGUGAUAUUUUAUUUUGAUUUUAUUUUGAGAUGUCCAUAAAUGUCUAAAUGUUGGGUUAAAGAUCUAUCUUCACGUCCAUCCCCCCUUUUAUCCAUAGACGACAGACGUCUUUGUAUAACGUAAUCUCUCGCGAAGAGAUUGACAGAUAACUUUGAGGCGCAAACAACUUCCCCCAGAGAUUCGCCCUACUCACUCGAAAUCCUUUUUAUUUCCCUUUUCGAUCCCCCCAAUGGAUCACGUCAAAAUCCCAACGAAAUCGUUUCUCAAAAUAAAAUAAAAAUAAUAAUAUGAAAUACACACACUAUCUUUAUUUUAUCACUUUUAUGGUGUUGACGAUAGACAAGAUCACCAAUUUGCGAAAAGCCCGGUUUACACGAAACCCAUCGUAAAUUACGCAACGUCGAGCUAAAAGGGGGGGCGCCACCCUCUCGGGAAUAUUCUCUGGAUGAGGGAGAAGGGAUUCAAACUCAAUAUAUGAUAUGGAUUUUGAUUGCCUUGUAAGCGUGUGGCUCGGACGGAGUAUCAUCAUCAUCAUCACCGCCGGUAAAUUGAUUCGGUUACGGCCGUAAACUGCAGACAAUGACGUCAUCGACGACAAUCGUCACGCCCUCUAUCGUUAACAAAUCUCGAUCGUGAUCAUGAAUCUCGAUAAGAUGGUAAUGAGAAUGUGUCUGAGGGACGAAGAAGAACUCGAAGGGAUGUUCGGAAUAAUUUAAUGAUAUCAUUAGAAAAGAAAAUUUAUGGUGAUUGAGGGAUCGAUCAGCAUAAUAAGAUAAAGAAAAAAACGAAAAGAUUUUUUUUUUAUAUAUUUCAUUUAGUUUUUGAUUUCAAAAGAAUGAGUGACGAGUAAAAUAUACGAACUCAUGUGCGAAGAUGAUAAGAAACAAAGAACGUGUAACGUCGUAACGGGGGAAAACGUCCCGAAGGGGGAAUCGAUAGAUACGGUGGGGGACCUAAUCCGAUAAUACUCGCUAAGCCACGCCGAUUUGAAACAAUCGUCGCGCAACAAAUUAUCGGAUAAAGAAACCAUCAGAAAGAACCAGAAUACGAGAAAGACGAUAAAUCUUUUUGGUGCAUCUCGACUUAUACCUUUAAGAUCUAGAAAUCAGACACCCAGACAAACAGACAUCAAAAGAGGUCUCCUUUUCAUCAUCAAAGCGCCGAAUCCUACCGCAAAACACACAAAAUCGGCGCCCAAAGUUCAGUUUCAAUGGAAAGGUUUUAGGACCACAAACGAAAAAAAAAAGAGGGAAUGAAGCGAAAGGGGGUUCUUCGUCGAAAAGUCCUCUUCGAAAGCAAUGAGGCGGAAGGCAAAUGAAUACGCCAAACGAUCGAUGCGUCAUCUAUUGUCCGAGAAAGAGAAAGAGAGAGAGGGAAGAUGCUCGGGGGGUUUUUAAGAGGGAUGUCGAUGGCAAAGAGGGCGGCUUCAGGGCCACCAGUCGCGGUAACGAGAGACGUCCAACUCCCCCGCUUUUCGGUUUUAAUACCACCCCCGGAAUAAAACCACUUCAGUCUAUUACUACAUCAUCAUCGGAUCGAGUCUAAAGUCUCUGCCUCUCACCCCAGCUUUUGAUUUUUCCUUUUUUUUUGGUCGCGACAUCUAUAAGGUUGCUUUCGUUUUGGCGGAUUAACGCCCCUUUUUGUAAUCUUUCUCUCAUUUACGUUAAUUAUGUUUAAUCAAAUUUUAAUUAGAUAGAGAAAAGAAAUUAAUACAUUUUAGAAACUAGAUUGAUAUAAUCUUAAAACAAAGCUGACCAGUUCAUUGGAACGUCCCUGCAGGAAUUAAUCUGGGAUAAAUCAAGACCAGAAAACUUUUGUUUUUAGUAAAAUAAGUCAAGGUCGCUUGCGGCCGAGGCUUUAGAUUAAUGUCAUCUUAAAAUAAAGCUGCCCAGCUCAUUGCAAUGUCCCGGCAUGAAUAAUUCUGGGCUAAACCAACACUAAAAAUGUUUGAUUUUAUUAAAAUAAGCCGAGGUCGCUUGCGGCCGAGGCUUUGAAUUGAUGUCAUCUUGAAACAAAGUUGCCCAACUCAUUGCAACGUCCUAAUCUGGGCUAAAUCAAGACUAGAAAAUGUUUUGAUAUCAUCUUAAAACAAGGUUACCCAGCGCAUUGCAAUACUCUGGUAGGAACUGACCUGGGCUAAAGCAGGACCAAAAAACUUUCGUUUUUAGUAAAAUAAGGCGAGGUCGCUUGCGGCUGAGGCUCUGGAUUGAUGUCAUCUUUAAACAAAGCUGCCUAGCUCAUUACAAUGUCCCAGCAUGAAUAAUUCUGGGCUAUACCAAGACUAAAAAACGUUAGAUUUUAGUAAAAUAAGCUAAGGUCGCUUGCGUCCGAGGCUCUAGAUUGAUGUAAUCUUAAAACAAAGCUGCCUAGCUUAUUGCAAUGUCCCAGCAUGAAUAAUUCUGGGCUACACCAAGACUAAAAAAUGAUAGAUUUUAAUAAAAUAAGGCAAGGUUGCUUGUGGCCGAGGUUCUAGAUUGAUAUUAUGUUAAAACAAGACUGCCCAGCGCAUUGCAAUCCUCCAGUAGGAAUUGACCUGGGGUAAAGCAGGACCAGAAAACUUUGGUUUUUAAUUAAAUAAGCCAAGGUCAGAAACAAACUCUAUCAACUUUAAAACGAGACUAUGCUUUGCCAAAAAUACUCUGCCUACAAAGUGGCUGCAUCGACGAUAAUCUUCCUACAUUUUCCAUAAAUUAAAAAUAAUUUUCUCGUUUCAAAUUUUAAUUUUGUGAGUGAUCUCUUGCAUUCGACGCUGUCUGAUUGCUUGAAGUUAUUGCGACCUUUCAACAAUCUUACUCUCUAUUUGCCACGGAAAUGCCACUUUACGCACCAAUUAAUUGGUUUCUUAAAUAAACUUGAGUUGGCUCAAAGAUUUCAGCUUGUACAGCUUUCUGCAAUCUUUCAAGCUCCAAAUACUGAAGAACUCAAGAUUAAUCUCGUCGGAAUCAUUUCGAUUAUAUUCUUAUGUCUGCUCAAAAGCUAUAUUUACUUUUACAACUUUUUUACCAUGUCGUGAUUGAAUAAGGACGUUGGAGUUCUGAAUUUUUUUUUUCAUCUAGACAUGUCUUAGACAAGAAUAUGUAUUCACCUCAACUUUAUAUGCAAAGUAAAAAAACAAUCUCGAUUCAUAAAAAUUUCUUUUUUGUCAAUUUCGUUAGAUGUAAUAUAUUAGCUGAUUCUUCUAGCAUAGGCGUGAACAUUUUUUCAAUACUUCUUCUUUCUGUCAAGUUGUUGUGAAGCUAGUUAGCUAACAUUUGGCAAGAUUAACAGUUGGUAAGAUUGAAAUCAAUUUCUGUCAUAUUGAUGUUUGAAUGUUUAUUAUUCAUUAAGACUAAACUUUGUAUAUGAUUUUAUAUUUAUACUUAAAUAAUUGAAAAAAAAUGCAACUUGUUGAUUUCUUGUUAUUGAUUUGAAACCUGAUAUCCCAGAACAAGAACUAAUCUUUUGUAAUCGUUUUUGUCAAUUUUGUUUACAUUCACUUUUCAACCUCAACAAUUUUUAAACAACUUUUAAAACAAAAAUUAAAUAUUUCAAGCAGUUAACGCCGUCACAAAGCAAGCCAUAAAGACAAUAAGAAAAUCAAGAGAAGGUCCGAAUCAUCAUGCGUAAAGCCCGUUCUUAUGUAUACGGCGGAAGCAAAAGGAUCGUAAGAGAAAUGCAGAAAUGAGAGAAAAAUACAACACCCCGGACAUCAUCAGAUCGAUCUGGUAAAGACAACGAGAUUGAAAUGAACAUGUAUCAAGAAUGGCAAAAUGUACAAGAGACAGUUAGAACUCAAUAUCACAGGAGAAGGAGAAGCAGGAAUGACGAACAAAUCUCAAAAAAUAAAUAAGAAAGGAUAUAGCAACAUUUUCCUGUUGACUAAACCAACUAUGACUAAAAUUAUUUUUAAAACCAUCAACUUCGUAAACACAUACGAAUAAAUAUUCGAUAUGCGGUCGAGUUAUCACCAACUUGAUACGUUAUGAAUAAUAUUUGUGUUGCAUUUUGAAUAUCUGCACAAAUCACUUAAAAUAGGAUCUUGAAAAAAUCACCAAACUUAAAAUUGAAUCAGAUUAAAUACGCAUUGAUCAAGAUUCUUUUGGAUUAUAAACUUGGUUACCAUGAAAACAAAAUGAUGGAAUUAGUUUUCAAAUUAUUUUCGAUCUGUCAAAAUUUCUUUUUAAUGCUUUCCAUCCAAAAUUCUUAGUUUAUCUUUAAAAUUGAUCUAAAUUCUUGUUCGACUAUAAUCUUUUACUUAAAAAGUCCAAAAUAACUAAUAAAAAUGUCUUUUAAAUGUCCUAAAAUGGAAGAAUUGGCUCGAAAUUUAGCCGCCCAUAACGUAAUCGAUGGAAUAGCUAAUGAGCUUAAGCAAGAUUAUCCAUGUGCGUGUGAAUUUAUCCUACCACCGCCACAACACCACCACCAACAUCAUCACCACCAUGAAAAUAAAUGUCAUUGUGAAGGUUGUGAGUGCCCAUGUGCAGCACCAAAACACCAGCCUAAAGUUGAAGAACCACCACCGGUGAUGGUUUGUUAUAAAGUACCGAAAGAGAAAAAGCCACAUGGAAAAACGGGUAAAGGUGGCGAAAAGGGUGAUAAAAAAUCACAUAAUGAAGGUGAGGAAGUUGUUCAUCGGGUAACACAAAGUAAAUCUCGCGAACUUCGCGGUGGAAUUAUGUACAUUGGGUGUGAUUGUGAAAAAAGAAACGGCUUACAAGACGAUUGUCAAAGAACUGGAUGUCACGGGUCUCCUCCGUGCUUAACAAAACCUCCAACAUGCGGACCAAGUGAAUUUGCCGGUGCAAAACAUUUAGAGAAAAUUUGGGGACCCAGGGCUUUAUUAAGGAAAAAAGCUAAAGAAGCUACACUUAAUUCUGGCGCAGAAGGAGGUGCUAAAGAAAAUGGUGGCCAACAUGGACAUCAUGGACAUCAUGGACAUCAUCAUGGCCAACAUGGAGACGAUGAAGUUGAUUAUGAGUAUCAAUGUUUCCCAGCUUGUAUAAAAGCAGUUGAACCUGAAGCGAAAUGUUGUCCCUGCUCAUAAAGAAACGUUGUAAAAAUAAUUUUUUUGUUUUAGGAUAAGAAUAAGUAACUGAAAUAUAUAAAUAAACAAAUUAA